AAGUUCUUUCCGUUUCAUUUUCAUUGGCUCCUUCAUGCAGGUCUGUGUUAACUCGACCCUUCCGGCCCCAAACUUGCACCUUUUCCAAGCCAAACAGGCAAGCUUCAAAUGCCGGAAAUCACCUCUAAAGCUAUCGUCUACUGAGUCAACUCGGAAGCACCUUUCCAACCUCGAAAAGCUCCUCCACAGAACGAACCAACCCGACCAGGAACAAGCUAUCAAAGCCCCCACAAAAGGGUCGAUUAACAAAAGUAAGGUUUUACUGGAAGGGCUGAAUCUUCCGAGGAUUUGGCCUCAAACGAGAGCCGCCGAAGAGAUGUCACCGCGUCACUUAAACAGGGUUCAGAUGCUUUUCUCAAAAACAAUGGAGUAUUCUCCGAGGAACAAUCUGGGUUCACGUUGGAGAGAGUACCAUGGGUGCAACGACUGGUCCGGUUUGCUUGACCCGCUCGAUGAGAAUCUACGGCGGGAAGUGGUCCGAUAUGGGGAAUUUGUUCAAGCCGCUUACCACGGUUUCCAUUCGAACCCGACCAUGCCGACCGAGCAGGCUCCUUUACCGAGGCAUGUGGCGUUGCCGGAUAGAUCAUAUAAGGUGGCGAAGAGCCUUUAUGCCACUUCGUCAGCCGGUUUUCCGAAAUGGGUGCACGAUGUGGCUCCGGAUCUCGGAUGGAUGACUCAACGAUCAAGUUGGAUCGGGUUUGUGGCGGUUUGCGAUGAUAGGAGAGAGAUUCAACGUAUGGGGAGGAGGGAUAUUGUUAUUGCUUUACGUGGAACCUCUACAUGCCUUGAAUGGGCCGAGAACUUUAGAGCUCAACUAGUUCCACUCCCUCAAUCCAUUGAAAAGGUGGAAUGUGGAUUCUUGAGCUUGCACAGCACACGCGGCGCUCACGUGCCUAGCUUGGCUGAAUCUGUGGUUAAAGAAGUCCAAAGAUUGAUUCAAAUAUACACAGGUGAAACCCUUAGCAUUACAAUCACAGGUCAUAGCCUUGGUUCGGCAUUAUCUCUUUUAGUUGCCGAUGAGAUAAGUUCAUGUGCACCUAACGUUCCACCGAUUGCUGUGUUUUCGUUCGGAGGACCUCGAGUCGGUAAUAAAGGCUUCGUCCAACGACUUAGUCGAAAGAAUGUUAAAGUACUACGAAUUGUGAACAAUCAAGAUUUGAUCACUAAGGUUCCGGGCCUAUUCAUUGGAGAAGGAACAAAACAACCACAAGAUCAACGAGAGGAACGGAGGAACAAAGGUUUUCGAAGAGUGUUCGAUAUGGUCAUCUGUGAAAACAAUCCGUGGGCGUAUGCCCAUGUCGGAACGGAAUUAAAGGUCGAUACUAAGAUGUCACCUUACUUGAAACCGGAUGCUGACAUAGCGUGUUGUCACGAUUUGGAGGCUUACUUACACUUGGUGGACGGAUUUCUAUCAUCCAAUUGCCCCUUUAGAUCAAAUGCGAAAAGAAGUCUAGUGAAGUUAGUUAACGAACAAAAAUCAAAUGUGAAACAGUUGUAUACCCAUAAGGCCUUAAGUUUGAAGGUUGAAAGGGAUAAUAGGUUAAGUAUCCCUAUGCCAAGUUGUUUGCCCAGUCCAUCUCGAUAAUUA